AUGCGGGCCGGCACCGUUCUCCUGGCUCUGCUGUCGACGGCUUCGGCCGCCAGCCUCAACUUCUUUGGCGGCGACGUCACGCCUCGUGAGGACCUCGAGGUUCCCGGCAAGUCGCCGCUCGAGUUCUGCCCGUCCGACCACUCCAACGACAUCUUGACCAUCAAGAGCGUCGAUCUCUCCCCCAACCCUCCUCAGGCCGGCGUCGAGCUCGUCAUCACCGCCGUGGCGGCUGUGUCCCAGACCAUCACCAAGGGCGCCUACGUCAACCUCCAGGUCAAGUACGGCCUGAUCCGUCUCAUCAACACCACGGCCGACCUGUGUGAGCAGAUUGAGAACGUCGACCUCGAGUGCCCCAUCCAGAAGGGCCUGAUUUCCAUCACCAAGUCCGUGGACCUGCCGCGCGAGAUCCCGCCCGGCAAGUACACCGUGCUGGCCGAUGCCUACACCGUCGACGACGAGCCCAUCACGUGCCUGACGGCCACGGUCACGUUUGCCCGCGACGGCUCCGUGAGUGUGGAGCUGUAG